CUCUUUCAUCAACCAUGCACCCGUUGUACGGCUUUCAUCCUACCAUCACCACCAGCUUCCAUGGCAUCGGUUUAGAGCCUUCAUGCUAUCUCUAUCUUCUCCUCACCCUUCCACCUCUCGUUUUUGUGGAUCCCUAUGAGCUUGCCAACUACAAGGAUUCGUACACGUUUCACCAUGCAGGCCCGUCCAAUCUGGAGCUUCCUGUCUCUGCCAUUGGGCCAGACAACUCGCAUGUUCUCGUAAAUGUAUCGCACAAAGCCGUAACAGAAGGUGCGCUUCAAAUACCGCUGCACCUGCGGUACGGUCAAGUCAGCGCGUCCAUGGAUGGGUUUCACGCAGUGGAUGUUUCUAUGCCAGAAGGAUAUGUGAUUUGUGAGGGCCGUGCCGGUUCCGAUGCUGAAUCAUAUAUGCCCGAGGACUUCGCAGCAUUGUUUCGUCGGUCAAAUAUAUCGCAUCUCUUGCCUUCAGAGACAGUCUUCUAUGUCCAAGUGCCAGUUGGUCGGCUUGGAGACAUUUCUCAGGUUGAGAUGGGUACCACAUUUACCAUUCUUCUAUGCUUCGCCUACCUCAUCUAUACGUCGUACAAAACUGCUGUUCGACUGGGCAACACGGAGCAUCUGAAGUCUUCAUGAAUUAUCAUGCCAAAUUCACUGUAAAACGAGAUCAAGGUUUUAUUGCUGUCUACUCGGUGUUAAGAAACAAAUGUGGGGGGGUAACCCGGCAUAGUUCUCCAGAGUCAUUGAAUAUCACCCUGAAUACCCGGUCAUUACUCGCCAUCCAUUCGUUGAUUAGGCGAACAGAGUACAUAUCUAUAGGCACAUCACCAGAACCAAACUAGCGUGGAGGCGUAAAAGCACUGUUUGGGCAGAAAGUGGCCAGAAGAAAUACCAGAAGGGCAGAGAGAUAGGUAUAAAAAGGAAAGGCAAGUGUAUUUGACAAAUAGUCAUCGUUGUGGUUCAACACAAACUGUAGCCGAGAAGAAAAAAAAAGCUUAUAUAAGAGCUGCACUAUUUGUGCAAAGGCUUCUGGCAAU